ACCUAUGCCGGAUUCCAUGCAGCUGCAAGAUGCAUCUCCGGCGGUCCUAUCUAUAUUACUGAUACCCCCGGUAACCAUAACAUCAACCUCAUCAAACAAAUUAGUGCCUAUUCACCCAAAGGCUAUACCGUCGCGCUCCGCCCAAGCUGUAUUGCCCUGCCUACCGACCCAUUCGUUGCUUACAACAGCAACCGUCUUCUGAAAGUUGGUAGUUUUUCUGGGGGUUGCGGGGGCUGUUCCAUACUCGCUAUAUUCAACGUAUCAGAAAGCCAGAAUUCAGAACUUCUCCUUAUAGAUGACUUCCCAGGUAUACUGCCUGAGCACGAUUACAUCAUUCGCGCUCAUACCUCGGGGGACGUCACUGCAAUAACACCAGGAAUCGGCUCCCUUAUGCCUAUAAUAUUACCUCAGUAUGGCUGGGAGUUGUUCACAGCUGUACCUGUGGUCAAGAUCAAGCCUCCCGAAUCAACAGGGCAUUUCACUUUUGGGGUCCUUGGUAUUAUCUCAGUAAUGUCAGGGGUAUCUGCCAUCAUACAGCAAUCGGUAAACACCGAAACAGCGCAUAUCGCAGUAACUGUUACUCUAAAAGCCCUCGGUACUCUUGGUAUUCUACCCCCCGCCAUGAGGUGCUUGGUGUCUCCUAAUAACUUUGUCCCAUUCCCCAGGUUUCUACAUUUCCGACCUUGCGUCGAGAGAUAUCAGUAAAUUUCUUGUGACUAUUGCCGGGAAUGUUGUUCCCUUUCAUACCGUGAGGAAGAGCCCUCAGAGCAACACCAUCCUCGAGAUUGAUCUUGAAGCAGCCUGGAACGAGCUAAACCUCUCAGCCGGGUGGUCGAACGAAACAUUAAUUGGGUUUCAUAUG